UGACAACACCGCGGCUGCAACGUUGGCGGCCUGUGGCUGUGGCAGUCGCACCUUCUGGUGGUCCAGUGGGGAGGCUGCGGGACACUCCAAGAGUAUUCUUCCUGAGAGGGAUUUUUCUUUUGUUUGUGUGUGGCUAACCGAGGAGAAAUAUGCUGAAACGAAAAGUAGUAUUUUGAGGAAAGAAAAUAGAAUCAGAAGGCUUUUCCAGAGCUUCCUGUACCGUGACGACUGACUGCUGCUGUCGAGGAACACACCCGGCCAAGCCUCAGAGAACAAUGGAGAUGGUGAUGUUUCUGGUCUUGUUCUUCGUCAACCUUAGUGUCACAUUCGGAGGGAAGUACCAGUAUUUCCAAACGGCCGUCAGUUGGCACGAGGCCCAGGACAGGUGUGAGAGCCAGGGCACGUUUCUCGCCCGUGUCGACGAGAUGAUCGAGCACGUGAGGAUCCAGAGGAUGAAGCAGUUUAUAAACAUGGAGUUUUGGAUCGGACUGCGACUGGCGAACUCUAACUACCAGUGGACAGACACUACGACAGCAGUUUUCACUGCAUGGGGUCAGGACCAGCCAAACAGUCAGUCCCAGUGUGUGAAAUAUCGGCCCUCGGACAUGAUGUGGGAGACCUACAACUGCUCGGCUAGUCUCUUCUUCCUGUGCGAGAAUGGUGCUGCGAGCAACGGAAAAGCGAUAACAUCACAGGUGGCUGUCACUGGACUGUCCAUGGGCUUCGGAGUGAUGUUCGGUGUCAUGCUCCUCAUCGUCGCACUCCUCCAGAUGCCCUGCUGCCGCACCAACUCCAUGGUGGCUCUGUCAAGCUUCGGGGUGGGCCGCAGAGACUGGUGAAAAGGCUUACCAACGGUACUGACUGAACCCACCUCACUCCAUGAGUGUGCUCCAUUGCAACCACCUUGAAUCCACCUUACUCCAUGUAUCAAUCUAUUUUGAAUUUAUAUACUCCUCUUGCAGCACACCGAGAACGAAAGAGUUAUUUACCUCGGAUAUAGCUUCAAUGUCGCGAAUCAACACAAAAGAAAGAAAUCACAGACCAAAAAAAAAAAAAAAUCAAAUACAAAUCUGAAUGACAGAAAGAAGCACCCGUACUCUCAUAUUCUCCAGCAGCACACUUUCUGUCCCACAACAAACACUAUUACAUCGGUAGCAAUAUUUUUAAUUUUUCUGAGUGUCUGCUUAAGAAAACGUAACAAAAUGUACUUAUUUUUUCAUUUAUUCGAUAUCUUCUUUUCUUUCUCUUAUUUCUCUACUUUUAUAUGUGAAUACCUAACUAGUCGCAGAUGACUUUUUUUCUUCAAAAAUAAUUU